CAGGCGAUUCACAUUUGGGAGAAAACUUCACUAUGGAUCUUAUAGAAACGCUGAGCCGUUACUACGUGUUCAGGUACAAAAUUAAUUCAGCUGUUCAAUUUUACCAUGAAAUGGUAGAAAAGAUCGACAAAUAUAAUGCGAUCAUUGGAGCUAAUAUGUUCAAAAGCAAAUCCAUUGUGCUUACGUUUCCAUUUGCUCUGGCAGUUUGCAUGCAUUGCAUCUAUGUUUAUCUUUUCACUUCUUCAAUGUAUUAUUAUCGUGAUGAUAUUGAAAAAAUAUUGAUAAAUGUAACUACGAUUGGAUUCUCAAUUCAGAUGCUGGCUAAACUCUACACUUUUUUGUAUGGUCGCCAAAAUAUGGUUGAACUUCACAAGCUAAAUCUUAUAUAUUUUGAGAACAACCAUGUUGGCAGUGAAACCGUUAAGAAAGCAUUGUUUAAAAAUGCAAAAUUUACAUAUGUUGUUUUGCAGUUGGUUGUAAUAUAUCUGUUCACUCUUUUGAUAUUGAUGACAGCUCCAUUUCUACUGUACAGUGUAAUCUCAUCGAAACGGUUAUUACCUUUUGUAUUUGAGUGGUCACAUUCCGAGAAUUGGAUUGCCUACUCAGUAAAUAUUGUGAUUCAAGCAAUUUGCUUUUUCUAUGUGGUGGUUGGAACAUAUUCAACUGAUGCCACGUUUAUAGUGUAUUUGCUUACGGGGUGUGGUCAAAUAGAUGCGAUCGGAGCAAUGUUACAGGAUCUAAAUACUAUGAUCGAGGAUGGCGCCAGUGAGCAGCAAAUAACAGAGCAGAUCACGAGAAUUGUCAAGCUACAUCAACAUCUGAUGUUGUACAUGUCAGAUUUGGAGAGCAAGUUCAGUGGAUAUUUCCUCACCACAUUGGGUGUUCUAUCAUUCAUUAUGAUAGUUUCGAUGUGCGCCUUAAUAUUGAUAAAUUGGGCUACCGGUUUACUUCUCGUAUUGAUUGCAACAUGUCAGCUACUUUUUGUCUGUUCUCUUGGUACCUACUGGCAAAUCAAAUGUGACAAAUUGCUCGUUGAUGUAUGGUCCUUACAAUGGUACAGGCUGUCCGUGCGAAAUCAGAAAUCUUUUCUUUUACUUCUGAACGGUGCCCAAGCUCCUCUCAAUCUAACAGCUAUCUUUACACCUCUUGAUAUGUCGGCUUAUUUGAGCAUACAUAGAACUCUGUAUUCGAUUUGCAUGCUUUUGAUUCAAUUUACUGAGUAAUUUAUCCGUGAGGUAUAUUAGCCGUAUUUGAAAUGAAGGUGAUUUUUUAAAGCAUUUAUCAGAUGUUGGUUACAAGAACAUUGUCCCAAUUACAAUUUUUCUG